UGAUUCUAAUUAUCACUGAAUUGAGCAUGAGGGCGUCCUGCCUUUAUAAGCCUCCAUAAUGCCAGCUUGAAAUCAUCCUUUCCAUUGUUGUUUAGUGAUCCAACAUGGCAGUACUGGCAAAAGUUGUCGCUGUGUGGUUUCUCAUUGCUACUGUUAGUAAUGUCUUCUGUCUUCCAAAGAGGGAUGUUGUGGAGAAAGGUGCCCAUGUGGUUGAUGUUACAACACCAAAUCCCAACAACCAGACCCAAACCGGAGAUAAUGGUGGUGCAAGUGAAGAUGUUCAAUCAGCCACUCCAGCACCUAAUCCCCAGAAUCAGACAGAUGCUGCACAAACUGAAGUUACUGAUGGAGCAAGUGAAGAUGACGUGGUAACUGAAGGCCCAAAUUCCCAAAACCAGACAACAGCUGCCCAAACUGGAAAUGCUGAUGGAGUAAGUGAAGAUGACGUGGUAACUGAAGGCCCAAAUUCCCAAAACCAGACAACAGCUGCCCAAACUGGAAAUGCUGAUGGAGCAAGUGAAGAUGACGUGGUAACUGAAGGCCCAAAUUCCCAAAACCAGACAACAGCUGCCCAAACUGGAAAUGCUGAUGGAGCAAGUGAAGAUGACGUGGUAACUGAAGGCCCAAAUUCCCAAAACCAGACAACAGCUGCCCAAACUGGAAAUGCUGAUGGAGUAAGUGAAGAUGACGUGGUAACUGAAGGCCCAAAUUCCCAAAACCAGACAACAGCUGCCCAAACUGGAAAUGCUGAUGGAGUAAGUGAAGAUGACGUGGUAACUGAAGGCCCAAAUUCCCAAAACCAGACAACAGCUGCCCAAACUGGAAAUGCUGAUGGAGCAAGUGAAGAUGACGUGGUAACUGAAGGCCCAAAUUCCCAAAACCAGACAACAGCUGCCCAAACUGGAAAUGCUGAUGGAGUAAGUGAAGAUGACGUGGUAACUGAAGGCCCAAAUUCCCAAAACCAGACAACAGCUGCCCAAACUGGAAAUGCUGAUGGAGUAAGUGAAGAUGACGUGGUAACUGAAGGCCCAAAUUCCCAAAACCAGACAACAGCUGCCCAAACUGGAAAUGCUGAUGGAGCAAGUGAAGAUGACGUGGUAACUGAAGGCCCAAAUUCCCAAAACCAGACAACAGCUGCCCAAACUGGAAAUGCUGAUGGAGUAAGUGAAGAUGACGUGGUAACUGAAGGCCCAAAUUCCCAAAACCAGACAACAGCUGCCCAAACUGGAAAUGCUGAUGGAGCAAGUGAAGAUGACGUGGUAACUGAAGGCCCAAAUUCCCAAAACCAGACAACAGCUGCCCAAACUGGAAAUGCUGAUGGAGUAAGUGAAGAUGACGUGGUAACUGAAGGCCCAAAUUCCCAAAACCAGACAACAGCUGCCCAAACUGGAAAUGCUGAUGGAGUAAGUGAAGAUGACGUGGUAACUGAAGGCCCAAAUUCCCAAAACCAGACAACAGCUGCCCAAACUGGAAAUGCUGAUGGAGUAAGUGAAGAUGACGUGGUAACUGAAGGCCCAAAUUCCCAAAACCAGACAACAGCUGCCCAAACUGGAAAUGCUGAUGGAGUAAGUGAAGAUGACGUGGUAACUGAAGGCCCAAAUUCCCAAAACCAGACAACAGCUGCCCAAACUGGAAAUGCUGAUGGAGUAAGUGAAGAUGACGUGGUAACUGAAGGCCCAAAUUCCCAAAACCAGACAACAGCUGCCCAAACUGGAAAUGCUGAUGGAGUAAGUGAAGAUGACGUGGUAACUGAAGGCCCAAAUUCCCAAAACCAGACAACAGCUGCCCAAACUGGAAAUGCUGAUGGAGCAAGUGAAGAUGACGUGGUAACUGAAGGCCCAAAUUCCCAAAACCAGACAACAGCUGCCCAAACUGGAAAUGCUGAUGGAGUAAGUGAAGAUGACGUGGUAACUGAAGGCCCAAAUUCCCAAAACCAGACAACAGCUGCCCAAACUGGAAAUGCUGAUGGAGUAAGUGAAGAUGACGUGGUAACUGAAGGCCCAAAUUCCCAAAACCAGACAACAGCUGCCCAAACUGGAAAUGCUGAUGGAGUAAGUGAAGAUGACGUGGUAACUGAAGGCCCAAAUUCCCAAAACCAGACAACAGCUGCCCAAACUGGAAAUGCUGAUGGAGUAAGUGAAGAUGACGUGGUAACUGAAGGCCCAAAUUCCCAAAACCAGACAACAGCUGCCCAAACUGGAAAUGCUGAUGGAGUAAGUGAAGAUGACGUGGUAACUGAAGGCCCAAAUUCCCAAAACCAGACAACAGCUGCCCAAACUGGAAAUGCUGAUGGAGUAAGUGAAGAUGACGUGGUAACUGAAGGCCCAAAUUCCCAAAACCAGACAACAGCUGCCCAAACUGGAAAUGCUGAUGGAGUAAGUGAAGAUGACGUGGUAACUGAAGGCCCAAAUUCCCAAAACCAGACAACAGCUGCCCAAACUGGAAAUGCUGAUGGAGUAAGUGAAGAUGACGUGGUAACUGAAGGCCCAAAUUCCCAAAACCAGACAACAGCUGCCCAAACUGGAAAUGCUGAUGGAGUAAGUGAAGAUGACGUGGUAACUGAAGGCCCAAAUUCCCAAAACCAGACAACAGCUGCCCAAACUGGAAAUGCUGAUGGAGUAAGUGAAGAUGACGUGGUAACUGAAGGCCCAAAUUCCCAAAACCAGACAACAGCUGCCCAAACUGGAAAUGCUGAUGGAGCAAGUGAAGAUGACGUGGUAACUGAAGGCCCAAAUUCCCAAAACCAGACAACAGCUGCCCAAACUGGAAAUGCUGAUGGAGUAAGUGAAGAUGACGUGGUAACUGAAGGCCCAAAUUCCCAAAACCAGACAACAGCUGCCCAAACUGGAAAUGCUGAUGGAGUAAGUGAAGAUGACGUGGUAACUGAAGGCCCAAAUUCCCAAAACCAGACAACAGCUGCCCAAACUGGAAAUGCUGAUGGAGUAAGUGAAGAUGACGUGGUAACUGAAGGCCCAAAUUCCCAAAACCAGACAACAGCUGCCCAAACUGGAAAUGCUGAUGGAGUAAGUGAAGAUGACGUGGUAACUGAAGGCCCAAAUUCCCAAAACCAGACAACAGCUGCCCAAACUGGAAAUGCUGAUGGAGUAAGUGAAGAUGACGUGGUAACUGAAGGCCCAAAUUCCCAAAACCAGACAACAGCUGCCCAAACUGGAAAUGCUGAUGGAGCAAGUGAAGAUGACGUGGUAACUGAAGGCCCAAAUUCCCAAAACCAGACAACAGCUGCCCAAACUGGAAAUGCUGAUGGAGUAAGUGAAGAUGACGUGGUAACUGAAGGCCCAAAUUCCCAAAACCAGACAACAGCUGCCCAAACUGGAAAUGCUGAUGGAGUAAGUGAAGAUGACGUGGUAACUGAAGGCCCAAAUUCCCAAAACCAGACAACAGCUGCCCAAACUGGAAAUGCUGAUGGAGUAAGUGAAGAUGACGUGGUAACUGAAGGCCCAAAUUCCCAAAACCAGACAACAGCUGCCCAAACUGGAAAUGCUGAUGGAGUAAGUGAAGAUGACGUGGUAACUGAAGGCCCAAAUUCCCAAAACCAGACAACAGCUGCCCAAACUGGAAAUGCUGAUGGAGUAAGUGAAGAUGACGUGGUAACUGAAGGCCCAAAUUCCCAAAACCAGACAACAGCUGCCCAAACUGGAAAUGCUGAUGGAGCAAGUGAAGAUGACGUGGUAACUGAAGGCCCAAAUUCCCAAAACCAGACAACAGCUGCCCAAACUGGAAAUGCUGAUGGAGUAAGUGAAGAUGACGUGGUAACUGAAGGCCCAAAUUCCCAAAACCAGACAACAGCUGCCCAAACUGGAAAUGCUGAUGGAGUAAGUGAAGAUGACGUGGUAACUGAAGGCCCAAAUUCCCAAAACCAGACAACAGCUGCCCAAACUGGAAAUGCUGAUGGAGCAAGUGAAGAUGACCUGGUAACUGAAGCCCCAAAUUCCCAAAACCAGACUACGUCAUAUGCUGCAGGGUCCCAGGAUGGUCCAAGUGAAGAUGCUGAGGUUACCAUGCCGACACCAAAUGUCCAAAACCAGACCACCUCAGACCACACUGUAGGAACUGAUGGUGCAAGUGAGGAUGCUUUUGUGUUAACUACUGUACUGAACCUGCAUAAUGAGACUACUGCUGCCCAAGAUGGGACCACGGUUACUGACUCCCAUGAUUCUGCCUAACCCAUUCCUGAUGUGACCAUUCGGAAUGCUAUGCCUGAUGGAACUACUCAUCAUUUUCAUAUUGAAAGCAAUAAAGACCAGACUUUUUAAUCCAA